CCUCUGCUUUCCUCUCUGGCUCUCUCUGUCCCACGCCAGCUCACAGCUCCUCCGCCCCCAAAUUACCAAACCCCAACGGCUCGCAGUCGCCGUCGCAGCUGCCCCCAACCACUGCCUCGUCUUCCUCGCGCCAACCGCCGCCGCGCUACUCGCCUCCUCAGGAACCAACGGCGGGCUGAGCGAGCGGCCCGAGAGGACGCCUGCGAAGGAGCUCUCUCUCUGCGACUGGGCCGAUCCCGCAGGGCGGAGGCGGCGGCGGAGAUCCAGCAGCCAGUAGGGGACAUGGCGGCGAGCGACGUGCCCAUGAGCCCCGAGCUCGAGCAGGUCGACGGCGAGAUCCAGGACAUCUUCCGCGCGCUCCAGAAUGGCUUCCAGAAGAUAGACAAGAUCAAGGACUCUAACAGGCAGUCCAAGCAGCUGGAAGAGCUCACUGGGAAGAUGAGGGAGUGCAAGCGCUUAAUCAAAGAAUUUGAUCGCGUACUUAAAGUUGAGGAGAAAAAGAGCACUUCCGAGGUCAACAAGCAGCUAAAUGACAAGAAGCAAUUUAUGAUCAAGGAGUUGAAUUCCUAUGUCACACUGAGAAAAACGUACCAAAGUAGCCUUGGUAAUAAGAGGAUUGAGCUGUUCGAUACUGGUAAUGAUGACCAGCUGGCUGGGGUUAAUGUUCAAAUGGCGUCAGAGAUGUCAAAUCAACAACUCAUUGAUUCUGGAAUGAAACAAAUGGAUGAAACAGACCAAGCUCUUGAGCGUUCAAAAAUGGUUGUAAAACAAACUGUUGAAGUUGGAGCUCAAACUGCUGCAACUCUAACACAGCAAACAGACCAAAUAAAGAGAAUUGGCAACGAGCUAGAUUCUGUUCACUUUUCACUGAAGAAGGCUAGUCAAAUGGUGAAAGAGAUUGGUCGUCAGGUUGCAACUGAUAAAUGCAUCAUGGCAUUUCUGUUUUUGAUAGUUUGUGGUGUGAUUGCAAUCAUUGUUGUCAAGGUCGUCAACCCGCACAACAAAAACAUCCCAGACAUCCCGGGACUGGCACCACCUGCUCAGAACAGGAAGCUGCUAUCCAUAGAAGCUUACAGAAUGCUCUGAGCAUUCUGAUCUGAAAUGGAAGUCUUUUGUGCAGGGCAUCUGCAGCGCUCUUUCGCACAAGCCAGAGCACACACUGUUUCCCAUUGUGCUUGUAUAUUGUCUCCUUAUGUAAUGUUCUUCCAUUGUUUAAUUCUUUCCGCAUCAGUUGUUAGCUUUUGAUUAUUUAGAGGCACUUCGGUCGCGUGGUGUUUGCGAUCUUCCAGCUUUCUUGGUUGUGUACAUGCGUUAGUGCUGAGAAUUACAAGAUCUUUAAAGUUUGUUC